AAAAUUGUAAUAAAAAAUAAAUGUAAAAAACAACCCAAAAAAAUUAAAAAAACAAAAAACAAAAUCAAAGCAAAGAAGGAAAAUGUCUUCUUCAUCUUCCUAUCUCUCUCGAUCUCUCCCCGUCGCCAACCUCUUCUUCCAGGCUCUGUUUUCGGCUGCAGAUUGGGGGAAUGAUUUUUUUUUUGUUUAUGAGAUUUGUGUUAGGACAACCCUAAAUCGAUUAAUCCUCCCACUGUCGAGAAUAGACACCGCCUUCCCUUGUCCUCCAAAUCUGACACGAACCCUAAAUCCUUUCCGUUUCAGUCCUCCCAAAUCCUGACCUAGCCACCUUCUUCCCAAUCUUUAAUCCGCCGGUGGUAGUUAAUCAGAAUCGCAGGCUAUUUCUUCUUCCUCUUCCUCGUUCUCAAGCCACCCAAUUGAGCCAUCCCACCAGCCACGCCAUUGUCAUCGAUCCACCAUCGCCGAAUGAGAAGCUCGACUCACCGAGAAGGCUGGUUUUGGGAGAUUGAAGAGGAAGAAAUUCAGAGGCAGGGAGAGGCGUCCUUCUUACAGCAGCGGAAAAAAGAAAGGGGCGUUGAAGAGGAGACAAGGAGCCGGAGACAGAGGAAGCUCCUAUCUGUUUCAAUUGGAGGUCGAUCGACGACUCAAGAUCGAGAGAGGCAGAGGCAGAGAGAUGUCAUUGACGCCGAUGACGUCUCAGGCCACUCCCCUACCCGAUUGAGCCAUCUCGCUAUCCUAGUCGUUGCCAUCGAUCCACCAUCGCCAAAGGAGAAGCUCGACCCGCCGGAGAAAGCUGGGUAUGAGAUAUUGAAGCAGAAGAAAGCUGGAUUUUGGAGAAAGCUGGGUUUGGGAGGGUUGAAUUAA